GUAAGUUUGGAUGCGGCCUUCAGUCUGCUAGUAUCAACUCAGCCAAACGGUGCCAGUCAACUCUCACAUAUACCCCGGGAUUACCUGUGGAGAGACUCGUGCUUACAUUGCCUGUUAGGGAAGGGAAGAAGAAGAAGAGACCACAAGACCAUCCAGAAAAAAGAAGCCUUCGUACCACCAUUUACGAUUUUAUGUCCUGAUCGUGUAAAAGUAUUUACAUAUUUUGGACAAGAAAGAUUAGCGUAAUUUACAUCGCAGAGCUGGUCUCUCAAGAGAAGUAGCGGUAGCCAACGCCCACCAUUUAAGCCACUGCUCGCCUUCAUUAACUAAAUAAACACCAUCUCUCUGGUCGUCCGAUCCACAUUAACAACCACAACCUUGCAUUCAUUUCCUGGCCAGUCGUUCACGACCAGAAUUUCAGUUUUAAACACCGUUCAUACGGCGUCCUAAACAAACAUUAAACUCUCCCACAGCAGCCAUUUUACAAGUCUUCAACACAUACCCAAACACCUCUUGAUAAAACAUCGCAAAGCAGCAGGUGAGGUUAUCGCAUUCCCUCAAACGGCCCGACAAGGCAAAGGGGACCUCAGGCCGCCAUCUGCACAUCGCAUUCUCUUGAAACUCGAUUCCCUAAAGACCAGCAAUUAAACAAGAUGAUGACCAUGAAUGGAGCCAAAUAUCUCGACCUGCGCUCCCCAUCCCCCGUGAGGAGGGUGGCUUCCAUCUCGUCCCCUGUGAGCGAGCUACAGCCUCUCAUAGGUGUGAAAAUUGCUCCCUUGUCAACGUCGUCGCCGUCUGCGAAUGCCAACGGCGAUAAGGUUGAUGUUGAAAUCGAAAAGCUACGAAGGCUAAGUGAGGAAUUUAUUUGGAAACGAGAAUCAUCGCCGCCCUACGUGAACGGAACGAGGUCACCCGAAAUCUUAUCCCAACCAACUUCUCCGGUCUUCUCCAACUUCACCCUCAGGAGCCCCAGAAACUCCACCAGUCCCAUUCAGAGCCCCACGACAGCGACGCCUGUGAUCAACAGCUCCACGAAGCCCAUCAACAGCGAGGCCAUCCCCCACUUCAAGAGAGCUCGUUCGCCCUUCCGAGAGAACGGCACCGCCCCUUCGCCCAUCCUAGAGACCAAGAAGACCCCCGAAGAUCCCUUCCUGCCCUUCACCCUGCCUGACCUCCCCUCCUACAAGAUGCCUUCCCAGAGACGGUUCAGUGAGGACUUCAGGAGGCCUCUCGACACUUUACACGAAAAUGAAACUGUCUCACGUCGUCGAUUCAGUGAAGAUGUGAGGAAAAAAUCUUUAGACACAAUGCCCGUCAUGGAUGACAUCUACCAACACCAGAGACGCCUGUCGGAGGCUGGGGUCCGUCGCCUGUCAGAUGCAUCGGUUGUGCUCACAGAAGACACAGACAGCUUCAUUAUUGGAGAUAGAGUUUGGGUUGGUGGUACAAAAGGAGGGUCUAUUUCAUAUAUUGGCGAGACACAGUUUGCUCCUGGAGAGUGGGCUGGUGUUACCCUAGAUGAACCAAUUGGCAAAAAUGAUGGGAGUGUUGCUGGAGUUCGAUAUUUUCAGUGUGAAGCCAAAAAGGGAGUGUUUUCACGCCUUACAAGGCUUUCCCGUAUGCCCCUGACUGAUCAUGACAUUGAGAUCUUAGCUACACGAACUCCAGGUGGGUCAGACUCUCCCAAAGCAAACGGUACACCUACAGGCAGUGUUGCCUCAGGCCCCACAACUGCUCGCAAAAUUACACCGUCCAGUGUUUCUUCUUCACCAGCUAAAUCAAGCUCCCCUGCACCGGCCAAAGCAGGUUCACCUGCUCCUGUAAAGGCUGGGUCACCAGCACCUGUUGGUUCAGCCACCCCAAGGAAAGCAUCCACCUCUUCUUUAGCUUCAGGACCUCCAUCUUCAGAGCCUAAGAUUGGUGACAGAGUCAUUAUCAACAGUACAACAGGAAUAAAACAUGGCAUCCUACGCUUCGUUGGAAAAACAGAUUUUGCAGACGGCCUCUGGUCUGGAGUUGAAUUGGAUGAACCUAAAGGGAAAAAUGAUGGUUCUGUUGCGGGUAAAAAGUAUUUUGAGUGCAAGGACAAAUAUGGACUUUUUGCCCCUGUGGCCCGGGUGUGCAAAUUUUCAGCAUCGAAUACUCCUCGAAGGACUUCCGUGGGGCCACAAACUCCACGCUCCACCAUACCUCGAUCAAGGAGUAAAGAAUCCUUGGGUGGAUCAUCAGUAGCUUCUUCUACCACAUCGUCUGUCCGGGGUACCAGGGUAAGACUUGGCGUCACCUCCCUCUUACCAGGCCAGAAACCAAGUAGGACUUCUCCAUCGCCAGGCCCAAGCACCAAAGCGCUCCAGGAGGCACUCACUGAAAAAACUCAGCAUGUUGAUCAGUUGAUGAGAGAGAGAGAUUUGGAAAGGGCAGAAGUUGCCCGCAUGGCUGCGCAGACUGAUGAAGCCACAAGGGACGCACAAGACAUGAGGCUACAACUAGAACAGCUGCAAGUUGAAUCCGAAGAGAGGCUACACGACCUUGGAGAGCGCAUUCGAAUGUUAGAAAAGGAAAGGGAAGACCUCUUAAUGAAACUUGAGGAUAAGCAAAGAGAUUUAGACGACUUCUCUUUCAGAUUGGAAGAAGAGUCCAUAACAAAAGCUGAUCUUGAGAAUCAAAAUGCUACAGACAGUGAAAGGAUAAGGCAGUUGGAAAAGGAGUUAGAAGAGGCUAAACGAACGCUGAAAGAUAGAGGAGCAUUGGAAGCUACUAAGACUUUUGAAAUGGAGGAAUUAGAAAUAAGCCUUAGGACUAGUGUAGAGGAGCUACAAGGCAAAAUUAUGGACAUAGAAAAGGAGAAAGAAGAACUAGAAACGAAACUUACUGCGAGUUUAGAAACGAUAAAGAAUAUGGAAACAACAAAUGAGUCUUUAAAAAAUGAUAUUAGAGAACACGAACAGAAGAUUAAGUUAAUGGAAUCUGGCCAAGAGAAAGUAAAUGUAAACAUGCAAGAAAUGAAAGAAAAGGAAACUAAAAUACAGGAAUUACAAAAAGAAUUACAGAAGCAUCAAGACCAAAUUAAAGAUGCCUCAAUACAAGCUGAUAAGCUAACUGAAAAUAUUAACCAGGAGAAACAAGAGAAGGAUUUGCUGCAUAAAGAAUUGGAAGGGGUAAAACAAGAAAUCACCUCGAAAUGUGCUGAAAUGGCUACUGUACAGGCAGAACUCACAAAGGCACAUGAAGAAAAUAAAGUGAAAUCUAGUCAGCUGGAAGAAGCUAAUAAGAAGGUUGCUGACAUGAAGAAGGAAGUGGAACACCUAAUAAGUGCAUCACACCAUCAUCGGGAUGAUCUCCAAAAGCAGCUGGCACAAGUACAAGUUGACCAAGCAGCAAUGGCUGAAAUUCAGAAGACACUUGAAGGAGAAAGAGCACGGUUAGAUACACUCCAGGGAAGUUUAGCUGCCUCAGAAGAAGAGAAAAGUAGCAUGAAGGAAGAGAAACAAAGAUUAGAAGAAGAACUGGCCAAGAUGAAAGAAAGUUGUAAGUCUGUGGAAGAUGAGAAAUCUAAUCUAGUCAAAGAGAAAGACAAACUUUUAGAGGAGAAAGGGAAAAAGAUUAAAGAAUUAGAAGAUGAACGUACAAAGGUAUCUGAAGAAAAGUUGAAAUUAGAAGAAGAAUUAAAGAACAAGACAGAAAGCUUAGAAGCUGAGAACAGCAAGUUAUUAAAAGAAAAAUCUAUUUUAGAAGGAGAAGUGCAAGGUUUGAAAAAAUCUGAGGAAGAGAAGGCUAGAUUGGGUGGCGACAUCCAAAAGCUGGAGUUAGAGUUGACAAAGAUGACUCAGUUACAGGAAACAAAUACAAGGCUUAUGAAUGACAUAGAUAAACUGGAAGGUGAUAAGACCUCACUUUCCUCAAAGCUGGAAACCUUAGAGAAAGAAUUAAAAGCUAAAGGUCAGGUUGAAGAGGAAAAUAAAAAAUUGACAUCAACAGUAAAGGCUUCAGAAGAAGAAAAAUUGAAACUGAAUGAAGAAGUGAAGAAGUUAAGUGGUGAAAUGUCAAAGAUGAAGCAGUUGCAGGAGGAUGUUGUGAGAUUGACCUCUGAAUUAGAAAAUGCUUGUCAGGCAAAAGCUCAGCUUUUGUUGAAUGUUGAGGCAGAAGGGAAACUCAAGACUCAGCUAGAGGAAGAAAAAUGUAAAUUAGAAUCAAACUUCCAACAUGAAGAGGAAGAGAAAAGAAAAUUGCAGGAAAGUUUGACAAAGCUUGAGACUGAGCUAGUAAGGAUGAAUGAAUUACAGCAGGUUAAUGCAAAUCUAACUGAUGAUUUGAAAAAGUUCAAUGAAGAAAAAACUUUACUUUCAACAAGUGUGUCAAAUUUAGAAGAGGAAUUAAAAGUCAAAAGCAAACUUGAAGAAGAGAUUGCCAGUUUAAAUUCUAAACUUCAGGACUCUGAUAAAGAAAGAUUGAAAAUGGAGGAGGAUACUAAAAGGUUAAGUGCAGAACUCUCCAAGAUGAACGAGCUUCAGGAGUUGAACAGUAAAUUAACUCAGGAUCUUAAAAAGUUAAAUGAAGAAUUAACUGUACUCUCUUCAGAUAAGGCAGGUCUAGAUAAAGUACUUGAAAAUAAAAAGCAGGUUGAAGAGGAGAGUGGUAAAUUGAAAGCAGUCUUGGUAGCAUCUGAAGAAGAAAAGCAGAAACUUGCUAGUGAAGUAAAAAGGCUUGAAACUGAAGCAGCAGAAAAAUGUAAAAUACUUGAAGGUCAGUACAACGAGAUAAAAAAGGAAAUGUCUUCUCUACAAGAAGAAAAAAAUACCAUGGAAGCUGACAAGUUGAAGUUGGAGGAAGAGGUGCAGAAGCUCAAGAAAUCAACAGAGACUAGUACUGCCCUUGAACUGAAAAACACAGCUCUUGUCAAGGAGAUGGAAGAGAUCAGAAUGAGCUCAGAAGGACGUAUUGCGGAACUUGAAACUGAAAAGUUCAAUUUAAUUGAAGAUGUAGUCAGCCUUCAAGAUCAGCUUUCAGCCUCGAAAUCAGAAGUAGCUGAGAAUGCCAAGAAACAGGAAUACUUAGAGGGGGAAGCAACUGCAGCAAAUAACCUUCGGUCUAAAGUCAACACUCUUGAGACAGAAAAGAGAAAUCUGGAGAAGAAAAUUGUUGAUUUACAGGUGCAGGUAGCAUCUAAAGACAUAAGCAAUAAUGAUACAGAUAAUUUCUUCAAGCAGUUGAAAGAUGAGAAAGAUCAACUUGAGGGUCAAGUUGCUUUUCUCAAUUCAGUCAUUGUUGACAUGCAGCGAAAGAAUGAUGAAUUGAAAACUCGCCUUGAAGUAAUGCAACUUGGAACAGUGCCAGACGAAAAUAGAAAUGGGGUCAGCCCAGCUGGUCGGCAUCCUGUAGCACCACGUAUGUACUGUGAUAUCUGUGACUGUUUUGAUGCUCAUGAUACAGAAGAAUGCCCUAAGCAAGCAUCGUCAGAAUCUCCUCCCCCAACGCAGUGCCAUGGGGAUCGAGGCUCUACAAGACCUUACUGUGAUACUUGUGAAGUGUUUGGACAUGAAACGGGUGAAUGUAAUGAUGAUGAAACAUUUUAGUUUGGCUGUGAAGCAAACCACCUCUUAAUCUGUACAGUAGUUAUGUAUAUUUUAGCAGCUUUAUAGAAUGUAAUGAAGGAUAACAGAAAAAAAAUAUAUUUUUAAUACUGUACUUAUUUAUAUCGGAAAACUAGAUCCUAGAUGCAGUUUGGGUUAAGAAUGUUGCAACAGUAAAUUCCUCCUAAGAUAGAUAAGUUUUUUUAGCUAUAAAAACGUUACUAAAAGUUAUGAACCUGAUACAGAUCAGAUUGUACUAUGAAAAUAGAAAGGUGAAUUUCACCAUUAUUGUUAUAUUGUCUUAUGCACAAGGCAUAAUUUUUUUUAUUGAAGUAAACAUUUAAGCAUGUAAAAUUACUAAGUACUGUAGUAAACACUGUUAUAACAAUGUGAUAUUAUUGUUGAUAAAUACUAUACUUCUCCUUUGCUAAUGAACUGGUUAAAUAUGUUUUAAAUUAAUUCUUGCAAUGUAGUGUAUGUAUACAUUGUAAAACGGUCUUAUGUACAUAGUAACUAACAGCAAUGAAUUUACUUUAAAAAAUGCAUAAUAUAUCCCAUUUCAUUGAUUCAUUUUCAAUUGCAAACCUUAGAAUGGGUAGAGCUUAGCUGCCUAAUAAUAGCAUUCUGUUUUAUUCAGCAAUAUUGGAGAUUUCACAUCUGCUCUUGCACAAAUUGAUACAGGGUUAUUGGAACAGUAAAAAAUUUAAGUGUACCUAUAGUCUUAAGCCCUUAGAUUGUUUGAAGCAAUGUAGCAACUCAUAAUAGUGUAACGUUGUUGUUUUGUCCUGUAAAAGCAUAAUCAUUAUGUUUCUCCUUUAAAAAAAAUUUAUUUUGCAUAAUUAUUUAUUUAAAAGAAAAUUUUUUUAUUUUUAUGCAGCGCAGUAAAAGUUAAAUACUAGGUAACAACAUUGCUUAUUAAUCUUAGUCCCACCAUGCAUUCACUGUGGUGUUUGAAUAAAUGUUAGUAGCAGGUUAAAAAGUAAAGAAAAUUGCUUCUUGAAAUGGAAAGCUGUAUACUGAAAACUGCUUAAAAAUAAGUCUAUCCUCUUGUCUUUCAGCACAAGCUUUAAUUGUUCACUAUAGGAAGCCAGAUACUCAUCUCUAUUAUUCAUAAAUCAAAGAAUGGGAUGAUCUGUUAAGCCUGUAAAGGCAUUUGUUAAAGCAUAGUAUCUUCACUGUGAAACCCUUGAUGUUAUAUUCAGGUGUCCUAGAGUACUUAUCACUGACUUAAACAUAAUGUAGAACAACUGUUGCAGGAGUACAAAGCAAGGGAGAAACAUGUGAAGCAAACAUACUGAAUUAUGAUAAAUAAUUUUUUUUACAUAUCCUGUAUAUGACAACAAGCCAGAUUCUGUAAAUCAUAUCAGACUGGUGCUUAUGGUUAUGGUUACAAUGAUUUAUAUUAGAAACAAAAGGAAUCAGGUUUACGGUUUAGGAAUUUGAAAAAAUGCAUCUUCAAGAGUUUGAUGUAAGAUGUUUGGUGAGGUUGGGGUAAGUACAAACGUGGUUGCCAGUUAAUCUCUACCCUAAUGUUACGAGUUUAGUCUUGGUUUUGAAGUGUUCGUCUCUGUAAUCUAGUGAUAGGAACUAAUUGAUAUUAGAUACAAAAUGAAAUAGAACUGUACCAGUGAAAUUUAAAGUUUACUGGUCAACAUUGGCAUAGUAACUCUCAAUGCUUUUGCUAUAUAUCAAUAAGCAGUACAUAAUCCAAGAGGUUUACAAAUAAAUUUUUUUUCAAAUAAAGGAUUUACCCAAAAUGUGAGCAGUUAGUAAAUAAAUAGCAUGCAUUUUUCAAUGAAAUUGAGCUUUAAACUCCAAUAUUAAAAAUAUGCUAUAAUUUUAGGUGAACCAUUCAUAUCAUUCAGCACUUUAACCCUCUUACGCCGAUUGGACGUAUUAAACGUCGAGUCAAAAUGUCUCCCGUAUGCCGAUUGGACGUAUCAUACGUCGGCUCAAAAAAGUUUUUUUAAAAAUUCGCGGAAAAAUACUUAGAGGCCUACCAGCCGAAAACUUUUGUAUCACGCGCCUUGGGGGAUGCUGGGAGUUCACGGAUCAAGGCGUUGUUUUGUUUACAAUCGCUACGCAGGCGCGCAAGCGCGAAUUUCUUUCUUAUCGCACUAAAAAGUAUCAGUGACACAUCUCGGAAAUUAUUUCGUCACUUUGACAUAAUUAUUGCACCAUUUUAAAUUAUCCUUUACAUGAAGUAUUAUAUAUGAAAAUGUGCCCAAUUUCAUGCACAAUACAACUAAAAAAUACUCAUGAUUGUAGCUUUUAUCAAUUUUGAAAUAUUUUCAUAUAAAUAACGAUAAGUGCAAAAAUUUCAACCUUCGGUCAACUUUGACUCUACAGAAAUGGUCGAGAAACGCAAUUGUAAGCUAAAAUUCUUAUAUUAUAGUAAUAUUCAAUCAUUUGCCUUCAUUUUGCAACAAAUUGGACGUCUCUAGCACAAUAUUUUGAUUUAUGGUGAAUUUAUGAAAAAACUUUUUCCUUACGUUCGUGCGAUAACUCUUCUGAUAAAUUUUUUCGUGCGAUUGUCCUAAUGUUUGCACCCUUUUAAAUUUGCCGUUACAUAAAGUCUUAUAUAUGGAAAUGUGCGCAAUUUCAUGCACAAUACAACAAAAAACAACCCAUGGUUGUAGCUUUUAUCAGUUUUGAAAUAUUUUCAUAUAAAUAACGUUAAGUGCAAAAAUUUCAACUUUCGGUCAACUUUGACUCUACCGAAAUGGUCGAAAAACGCAAUUGUAAGCUAAAACUCUUAUAUUCUAGUAAUAUUCAAUCAUUUACCUUCAUUUUGCAACGACUUGGAAGUCUCUAGCACAAUAUUUCGAUUUAUGGUGAAUUUAUGAAAAAAAAAAAAAUACGUUCGCGCGGUAACUCUUCCGAAAAAAUCAGAAUUUUUUUGUGCGAUUGUCGAAAUGUUUGCACCAUUUAAAAUUAGCUGUUACAUAAAGUUUUAUAUAUGAAAAUGUGUGCAAUUUCAUGUAGAAUACAAUUAAAAAUGAUUGAAGGUUGUAGCUUUUCUCUUUUUUCGAAAUAUUUGCAUAUAAAUCACGAUAAAUAGAAAAAAAACCACGUUCGGUCAAAUUUGACUCUACCGAAAUAGUUGAAAAACGCAAUUGUAAGAUAAAACUCUUACGGCCUAGUAAUAUUCCGUCAUUUUUCUUCAUUUUGAAACAAAUUUGAAGUCUCUAAAACAAUAUUGUGAUUUAUGGUGAAUUUUUGAAAAAUAUAUUUACCUUCACUCCGCGCGCCGAUUCGCGGCCGCAAGUCUCCGAAAUACGUACAUGGCAUUAUCAUAAUAUUUGCUCCUUUUCAUAUUAGCCUUUUUAUAGAGUUUCAUAUAUCAAAAUGUGCGCAAAUUCAUGAAGAAUACAAUAAAAAAUAAUUGAAGGUUGUAGCUUUUUCCAUCUUCAAAAUAUGUGCAUAUGAAAAAAUAUAUAUAUUAAAAUUUCGACAUUCGGUCAAAUUUAACUCUUCCAAAAUGGUCGAAAUCUGCAAUUCUAAUCUAAAACUCUUACAGUAUUGUAAUAUUCAAUCAUUUGUCUUAAUUUUGAAACAAAUUGGAAGUCUCUAGAACAUUAUUUAGAAUUACGGUGAAUUUUUUAAAUAACAUUUUUUUACGUCCGCUCGUUACGAAUUCGUACAUCAUUUUGUGAUAAUAUUUUUCCGUUGUUGCUUUUAUUGUUUUACUAUGUAUUAUAUAUCAAAAUGAUUGCAAUUUAGUGUACAAUACAACGAAAAAAAAAGUAACUCGUUAGCUUUGACCGUUUUUUGCACAGCGUGAUUUGAAUACAAUUAUCUAUGAAUUUUUUUUUUUUCGCUACCAUAUAUCGCAUUAUUUACAUAUGAUAAUGAUAUUAUUUUUCAUUUCUGAUGAUUGCAUACUAAACUUCAGGCAAUGAAAAAAAAAUGAGCCAAAAAUGAACUCUUAAUCUUCAAAACUAAGCGCGCUGUGAUUUUUUUGAAAAAAUUAUUUUUUCCGGUUCCGCGCUCACUCCAAACCGGCGCCGGCAUACAGGAGAGGUUUUGAUUUUUAGGGCUUCGGCGUAAGAGGGUUAAUUAAACCUUGUUAUACAUGGAAGUAUAUAAAAGAACUAAUGAUAUAUUAAUGUUACGCAUUAAUAUUUCUUGUCAUUUUAGCCUUGACUGUGAAUGUCAGAAAAGAGAAAUAAGUUAACUUGGCAGUCUAAUGAUGCUGAUGACAAAUUAAAUUUGAAGAUUGCAUGUUAAUCUGCAAUUUUAUUUAUUUAGGUUUUUUUUUUUUUUUUUUUUUUUUUGCACCUGAAGAAGGGAUAUGGUAGUACAGGCAGUCCCCAGUUAUCGGUAGAGUCAGUUAAUGGCAAUCCGGUUUUAUGGUGUUUGUUUAGCGCCAACGGGCCGAGUUUUGGUCAUAAGCGCCCUAAGGUACCGAUAAUUGAGUUAUGGCACCUUAACAUACCUAAGAAAGGCGGCAUUAACCGAAACUCGGUGCCAUAAAUCCCUGGUUUCGGUUAAUGGUGGUUUUCUCUUAACAGCACCCCGCCGAUAACUAGUACUUUGUGCCAAAAUUGUUGUAUAUAUAUAUUGGUGCUAGUAUGUAUCCUUAAUUUUACUUUUAAUUUUUCAGUGCUUUACUUGCUUAAAUUUUAUUUGAUACCGACAGAGCCGGAAAUUUCUUAACCUAUUCUCUUGUCUAGGUGUCCAGUUACUUUUAAAUAAGUAAUUGUUAAUGUUAUAAAAUGUAACACUGUAUACAGGAUGGUCUUAAUCUCAAGGACUAAAUAGAUUAUUGCUCAUUUGUGUACAAUGGUUGUACAGACAGAUUAUGGACUUCAAGGUUUUUUUUAAAUUCCAUGUACAAAUACAGACUGUUAUAAGACAUAAUCAUUACUGUUUCUGUAAAUUAAGAUACAUAUACUUGACACAGCAAUAAAUUUGCCUUACAUUUGUACAGUUACGUAGUCUUAUGUAUAAUAGUAAAAUGUUUCUUCCAGGUAUUAGAUUUGGAUAUUUAUUUUUCAUUGUUGGAACACUUGAUGAACAUAUUGCUCUUUCUAGUUAAAAGAAGACAAGACUUUUGAAAUGCUAAAUAAAGAAAGCUUGUUUGCAUAAUAAUUUCUCAAGUUUCAUGUCUGUUACUUUUAAUAUUAAAUUUUAUUCACAAAUAAACUAGACUGGAAAGUUUUUUGUCCUGUUUGUGUUUUGUGUUAAAUAAACCUCCUCCUACA